AGAGACCGGAUGUGGCGCAUGUGUGUGUGGCUCUUUUUUCUGAGGACGAACUGAUGGAGACAUUUUAAAAUAAACAUCCGAGCUAACGGCUAACGGCUACAAGCGGAGCGCUCGAGACACACUGCGCCAAAAAAAUAUUUAAAAAUCUUCCGAGUUGUAAUAAAACAAAACAAACAAAAAAAAAAGAAGCAAAGUCUAAAUUUGAGAGGCUACAAAUUACCGAAGAUGUGGAAAAGUCUGACACCGGGGGAAAGAAGAAUAUAACCGACGCCGCGCAGGUGAGCUCCUGUCCAGGCACAUUGGUCCAUGUCCGUUGGACCUUUGGGCUCUGGGCUCAUAUAGCAUGAAGAUGGCUGAUUCAGAGAAGGCAGAAGAAUUCGUAGACGCCGAGUGCCCCCUAGAGUGCCUUGACGAAGCGCAAUCAGCCACGACUUCAUUUCAGGGAGAGCAGGAGCUGAAGACGGAGACCACCACCAGUACCAGCUCGCCGCCGAGGGAAAAGGAAGGAGACAGCCCCUUGAACACGGAGGGCGAGCAGAGUCUCCUCUCCAUGCCGUGCUUGAUGAAGGAGCUCCGCCGAGACUCGCCGGAGUCCCAGCACGCCUCCACGGGGAGCGACAAGCCCGCGUCUCGUCACGUCUAUGAGAGCGACUCCUCAAACCCCUGCAUGCUCUCCCCCUCAUCAAGCGGCCACCUCGCCGACUCAGACACACUCUCCUCAGGGGACGAAGGUGCUGCUCCUCGCGUAGGAGGAGGAGGAGGAGGAGAAGAGGAGUGCGGCAUGGAAGCUUCAAACGAUCCGGGGCAGGCGGCGGGGAAGCAGACAUCUGCCACGGCAGCGGGAGGGAGGAAGUCACGGCGGUCACGCUCGGAGAGCGAGAUGCCUCCGAACGCGAUGGCCGCGAAGAAAAACCGCUGCCAGCCCGCGAUGGUUGCAGCGGGAGGGCAGGAAAAGCAAACCAACGGAAAGCUGGCAAAAGUGAAAGGUCACCGGAGCCAGAAACACAAGGAGCGAAUGCGUUUGCUGAGACAAAAGCGAGAGGCGGCAGCACGGAAGAAAUAUAACCUGCUGCAGGACAGCAGUACGAGCGACAGCGAGCUCACGUGUGACUCGAGCACCAGCUCCUCCGAGGACGAGGACGAUGACACUUCGGGAGGUAGCAAGACAAUCAAGACAGAUAUUUCAGACGGGCCUCCGGUAGUGGGUCACUAUGAUAUUUCAGACACUGAUUCUAACCAGGAGAGUAUGAGUGUGGAGACAGUCCGGCCCACGGUGAUAAAGCAUGAGCUAAAAACACACAGAGGCCAGGAUAUGGCAACUCACUCUGGGUGUAUAAGAGCUCUGAGCUCGAUCUCAGGCCACGUGGAGGCAGACCUGUCGCACAAGGAAAGUUCUCAACGCAACAAGGGCCAGAUUAACAUCGCCUCCUCCGACAGCGAGGUGGAAAUAGUCGGGGUGCAAGAGAAAGCACGAUGCGCUCACCCGUGCGGCGGGGUGAUAAAGAGUCUGUCCUCCUGGAAGGAGAACUCAGUGGAGCAGUUAAACAGCACAAAUCAACCCCAGCUCUGGACUACUGUUUCCCCUCAGCCCAACUGGGUGUCCCCUCCCGAAGUGGUGGACCUCACACUGGACGAGGACGCCGGACACAAAUACCUACUUUAAAACAACUCGUACACUGAAGACUCCUUGUUUCUUCCUCUCACUCCUCCUCCUCCUCCUCCAUCCCCCUCUCGCCUUGCCUCCAUGUUACAACUGAAAUCCUUCCUUUAUAGUCUCGGCCUCACCUGUUACCGCUCUCGUUGGACUCCUCCUUCCUCCUCGCUCCAGGGCACUGUUUUUGUUUUUAACUUUACUGUUAAACAAUCAUGUGUAUCAAAGCCAUUCUACUGACGUGAUUCCCUGAUCUUGGCUUGUCGGCUCUGAAUUUAGUUGUAAUAAAAUGGCACAGCACUUCAAGUGCAGGUGGAAAUGUACGUUAAGAGUGAUUUUAUCUGUUAAUAAUAGCAAUAUCCUACUGUCAUUUAAUACCUCAGUUACCCCUCGAUAACGGAUGUAGGUAGUCAUUUUGUGUUGUGUGCUUGCAAAGGCUGUAUAGUGUAAAACUUCCAAGUUGCUGCUUGAGAGCGGGUCGGUAUCAUGACGUGGCUGUUGACCUGCUUCACUACAGACUAUGAACGGCAUAUUUUCAGACUUGAUUCGGCAUUUUUAUCUGCGCUCAAGACGAAAACAUAAAAAGAAAACGGCAGCUGGUGCACUUCCUGUUGUGCAGUAGACCAUAGGUCGAUGAUGGCAAAGUUUGCUUUGUACCCGUCUAGGGUCAGUUUUGUUUUUCAAAAAAGUCUCACCACUGGUGUCACGGUUAAUCCAGUCUGCAUUGAUUGCUUUGCUAUAUUCUGUCUGGCGUAGGUUCUUCCUAUGCUCUGGUGCUGUCGGGGAGGGUCGACGUUUUUGGGCAAUUCGCUUUCCGUUAAAAUCUACAUCCAGCUGCCGGUUAGCUUAGCUUAGCACAAAGACUGGAAACGGAGGGAAACUGCUAGCCUGGCGCUGUUCCGAAAGUUACAAAAAUCCACCUACCAGCACAUCGUAGGCUCACUAAUUAACAUCUCGUUUUGUUUAAUCCAGAGUGUAAAAACAACAAUUCAUUGUUUUUGGGGCAGGUUAUGUGCCGGACUAUUUCUUGGCCGGACACAGUGACUUCUCGAGUCUCCGCGGGUUUCUUUGCGACUACACAAAGCCAAGAAAUAGUUGGGCCAGGGCGAGUCUCCAGUAUUUGUUCUAAGCUAACCCGCUGCUUACUUCACCAGAAAGCUGAUUUCCCAAAAUGUCUUUUUAAAUUUAGAUUCACAGGUUUUUGUUUAUGUUGCUACAAUAUUAUAUUACAAAAAUUUGACUUUGUUUUAACAGAAAACCACUGGUUGAACUAAUGAGGGGGUGAAAAAAAUACCAACACACUUGUUACAGACACACUACAAGAUACUACUCCGUUCCACCGCAGCGCCUCUUUUACGUAGUGUCGGUGUAUCGGCUAUAGAAGCAUCGUAUCUUAUGUCAUGAGAAGCCACAAGAGUCAAAGUUAUCAGUGAAUGUAUGACCCUGCAGUGCUGACUUAUGGUUUGCACACUUUAUCCCGAGCGGAUGCAAACACCUUUAAAAAACAAACCUCUGGGGACCCCUUUAUAACAACUGUGGAAAUGUGUUUUCCAUUGAAUACUGCAAAGCAAAGUUUGGCCUGAAUGCCUUGAAAUGUGCACUAUUUUCUUUUUAGAAUCAAAGCUUAUUCUUUUACCUUACAAAGCAGUGGAUUUUUGCUAUCUCGACAAUAAAUAUUUUAAUAAUAGAUGUGAAUUUAGCACACACACAUAAACCCUGAUGCUCAGGGGCCUGCUUGCUCUCUCUCUCUUCCCCCUCUCUCCCCCCUGUGGUCUUAUCUCUGUCUCCAUGCAGUAUUGCAGCCACGCUGGUCAUUUUCUUUAUUUCUGAUCCAACCAGACAACUUGUUUUAACACUUUUCGUUGCAUAUUGAAUAACCCCCUACAAGUGAAGCUUGAGAGAAUUGUAGAGUCAAAUUAUUUUACUUCUGCUGGUCACAGAAGGGGAAAGGGAAAAAAUCCUAAAUAUGAGGAACUCAAACCAAAGUCUAAAUGGAAUUUUUAUGUUUUCAGUUUGCUUUCUUUCCCGACUUUUGAAAUUUACUUUCCUCUGUAAGGCUAAAUCUUUUCAUUUGGAAGACAUCUGUUGUGAAAUGAGGUGACAUGAAUUCUGUUUCGAAACUCAAGAUACACUUUAGUGUAAUGUGAUUUUAUUUUUUCCUUUUGGCCAGUUCUUUCCACUAUAUAUAUGCAGCUACCACUGUAAUGACCGUUCUUUUUACCAGACCACUUCUGCUUUUUGCAAAAAAUCUGUUCCUUUUAGAUUAUUAUGAAAUGUUAGUAAGACUUUAGCGGUUAGAGGUUUGGUAGAAAAUUAGGCCAGCGAUGCUCGACUAUGGUUGCACACAUAGCAUGUUUUGGUCAAAUCCUUUAACCUCAAGUCAGAUAUUAUCCUCAUUACCAGUAAUUUAGCCUUCUGCUCUUCUGUUAUUAUUUUUGUUUUUGUUUUAUUUUACUGUCAGUAUUUUAAGUUAACAAAAAAAAAAGGUGUUUAUUUUCUUGCUUCUGCAAGUCCUUGACUUCCUUAAAAAUUAUGUAUGUAGAACAAAAAGAAACUAUUUUAAAGACUAAAUAAAUAGAGCAUUAUUUAAUGA